CCCAAAAUGACGAAAAUUAUGCAGUAAAAAGCCAUUUAAGUGAUAAUAGAGUUUAAAUAAGGUAAUAUAAAGUGUUUAAGUUUGAUAUAAGUGCGCUUUGGGGGUUUUAGGAGCCUAAAUUCAGGUAAAAUCGUGAGUUUAGUGUUUUUAGUUGCAUUACCCAUGAUGCACUUUGAGUGGGAGUGAUAUGUCUAGUGGAUGUCUCGAAGUCAAAUGUCUCUAUGAUUUGUACGGCGUACGGGCUGAAUUAAAUGGAAUUUGUGAUGUUUUUCGUGCCGAAUGCGUACGUUGUGAGCGAGUUUAUUUGAUAGAAAUGUGAUAUUGUUGUUAGUUACGACACCGAGCAGUGUAGAAAAUCCGUGGCGGCAUUAUUGGUGACGUAGAGUCUCCAUUGUAUCUGUGUCCCAGCUUCGACCUUGCAAGGCGAAAACAUGAUAGACUUUGCUAUAAAUGAUAUACGACGACUUCAAAUCUAUAUGGUGUUCAAAAUACUCUGAAAACCCCCAAAAACACUAUUGAAAUAAAGGGUUAAUUAAUACACUUCCUUAACACCAUGUCGGCCAGUCAGCUUCUGGACUCUUGUGUCUUGGUCAAUAGAAGAGUGGAACAGAGGCAAGAGCAUACCAUAACCCACACUGAAAUAACACAAAGGAGAGUAAUACCAGAGAAGGGUCCAGACAUGCAGCAAUAUAAGGGUCCAGACCUAUCGAGCUCAUUAAACGAGGGUAUAUACCACACGCAUAGCAAUGGACAUUCAGAGCACUCGCCAAACUCCAGUCACAUGUCUGUACACAGCGACGAGCCUCUAGUGAGGGGACAAAAACAGCAGACGAGCCAACAGGUGACCAGCGUGACGAAAGUGGUCAGAGAAGUCCAACAGUUGGGCGAGCAAUCUGGCGAAUACAUUCCCGUACCUUUAGGACUGUACCCGCACAGUCACGCGUCUCAGUACGUCGACUACAUUGAACAACCCAGCCAACACAUGUAUUCGCAAUACCACCAAUACCCGCACUACCAAGACUACGAUCACUACCCCAAUCCGUAUGGCACGUAUAUGGGCUACGGGGCCGGGGCGGAACGGUCGGCCACCUCUCCGAGUCCCAGCGAGCACAGCGGCGACCCGUCGCCCCUGCCGAUGCCGCUGGCCGCGCAGCCCAACGCCCAGUAUCUGGGCUCGGGCUACGACGAGAUGCCCGAACACUACCGAGUGACGCCCUCGCCGGCCGGCCCUAUCGGCCUGGAUCCCUACCAGGACGAUCAGGGCGUCGUCUACGGCUACGUGUCGCCCUCCCCGUACGCGCAGGCCCCCGGUCACCAGAUGCAAGGCUCGUACGACGCCCGCCCGUACGAAGACACGCUGAACGGACCGGUGCCGGUACCGGUGCCGGUGCCGGUGCCCAACAUGCGCAUGUUCGAGGACGAGGAGCUGUCGAAGCACAUCGGAAAGAUGUCGCUGCACGGGCACAACAGCCACGGCAGAGCACACAACAUCUCGUCGCCGGGCAGCAUCGGCGGCGGCGGCGGCGGCGAGGACGAUCAAAGAGGGAUGCGCUGGCGCGAUCCCAACCUGACUGAAGUGAUCGGCUUUCUUAACAACCCCAACAAUGUGAUCAAAGCGAAUGCUGCCGCCUACUUGCAACACCUUUGCUACAUGGACGACCCCAAUAAGCAAAAGACUAGAGCACUGGGAGGCAUACCUCCGCUCGUUAAGUUAUUAAGUCACGACAGUAUUGAAGUAUUUCGAAACGCAUGCGGUGCGCUUAGAAAUCUAUCGUACGGCAGGCAGAAUGACGAGAACAAAAGGGCGAUCAAAAAUGCCGGCGGAAUACCGGCACUCAUUAAUCUACUGCGCAGAUCGAGCGAACCGGAAAUAAAGGAGCUCAUCACCGGUGUCAUUUGGAACAUGUCUUCGUGCGAGGACCUCAAACGGAACAUUAUCGACGACGGCGUGCUCACCAUCGUCACCUACAUUAUAAUUCCGCACUCCGGCUGGGACCCGCAAGGCAACCACGGCGAAACCUGCUGGUCGACGGUGUUCAGAAACGCGUCGGGAGUCCUGCGGAACGUCAGUUCGGCCGGCGAGUACGCCAGAGUCAAAUUAAGGGAAUGCGAGGGACUGGUCGACGCACUGCUCUCUGUCGUACGCUGUGCCAUCGAAAAAUCCAAUAUAGGAAACAAAAUCGUCGAGAACUGCGUAUGCAUCCUACGAAAUUUGUCUUACCGAUGUCAAGAAGUCGAAGAUCCCAAUUACGACAAAAACCCUCUGCCCACGCAGAGCAGAGUAGCUGCAGCAAACUCGUCAAAAGGUGAAAAUUUGGGGUGCUUUGGCGGCAGUAAAAAGAAGAAAGAAUCCUCGUCGGCAUCGAAUUCCGAGAAGGACGGUCAAUUUGGCGGUUCGGUAUCGAAUUCGGGCGGCGUCGGUAACUCGUCGGCGCGCGGCGGCGAACCGGUGCGCGGAAUGGAGUUGCUAUGGCAACCGGAAGUGGUGCAAUCGUACUUGGCGUUGCUGCAGAGCUGCUCGAACCCCGAAACCCUGGAAGCCGCGGCCGGCGCUUUACAGAACUUGGCGGCUUGCUAUUGGCAACCGAGCAUAGAAAUAAGAGCGGCCGUGAGGAAAGAGAAAGGUCUGCCGAUUUUGGUGGAACUGCUGCGCAUGGAAGUGGACAGAGUGGUGUGCGCAGUUGCGACUGCGCUAAGGAAUUUGGCCAUUGAUCAGAGAAAUAAAGAGUUGAUUGGGAAGUACGCGAUGAGGGAUUUGGUACAGAAGUUGCCGUCUGGGAAUCCGCAACACGACCAAGGCACGUCCGACGACACGAUCGCAGCCGUUCUGGCCACGCUAAACGAGGUAAUCAAGAAGAACGCCGAAUUCUCUCGAUCACUUUUAGAGGCCGGAGGAGUGGAAAGACUGAUGACCAUCACGCGGCAGAGGCAGAAGUACACGCCGCGCGUCCUCAAAUUCGCCGGGCAAGUUUUGUUCACGAUGUGGCAGCAUCAAGAGCUGCGGGACGUGUACAAGAAGCACAGCUGGAAGGAGCAGGACUUUGUGACCAAGACGGUGGCGGCCAGGAAUGCCGGCCCGAACUCGCCCAACAACGCGAACAGCACCCUGAACAGACCCAUGGCCUCGCAAAGCGGCACCCGCUACGAAGACAGAACCAUGAAACGCCAGGCGCCGCCGCAACGCGCCGUCGGCGGCGGAGUACCGCAACUCUAUCAAAGGAAUGACGAAGUUCCAAUGGCAGACAUGACAUACCCGGAUUCGACUUCAACGUUGGGUAGAUCAUACCCACCAGGGCCCGGUCAAAACCCUCCACCACCGCAGCCCGAGCCGCUCUAUGCGCAAGUCAACAUGGAGAAGAAGCGCAACCGCCAGCCGAGUCUGGGAAACGCCAGCUUGAAUCAGCAGGGCCAAACGGCAGCGCAACCCCCGCUCACUAGUCUACCCGCUGGAAAAGACUCAUGGGUCUAAUAUUUUAUUAAAACGACUUAAACGAUAACACAAAACUAUAUAUACAUAAAUAUAUCCUAUUCCUCAGACCCUGGACCCAUACCACACCUAUACACUUGCCAGGAAGAGUCAAUUUUUGCCAUUGCCAUAAAAACCACCCCCAUCAAAUUUCAUUCAAAUUUAACCAAGCUCAAAAGCUUACGCUUAUUACUACUGUGAAAAUUGAUUUUUCCCACGCAUUGUCCACCUCCCAACAAUUGUAUAUCAAUGUUCUGUCUCUCAGAUAUAAUGCACUGAUUAUUCUUAUAUUUUGUAUUAUUAUUUUUGUGGUUUACUGUGAUGUGCUUUGCCUGUACAUAUUCAAUUUUAAUUUUUCCUAUCAUUUUGACUUUAUUCUAUCCAACUAGUUUAACACAACACAGAUAAAAAUAAUAACACAUGUGCAAUGCAAUGCAAUGCCAUUAAUAUAAUUUGUAUAUAUUUCAAUUUGCCUAAAUCUACGUUAAUGUAGGAAUUUUUUGUACUGAUUAUAUUUAUUUGUAUAAAUUGGGAUUAAAGCUAUGCCUAGGGGCGUUUGUGUAAUUAUUUUUUAUUAUUAUUUCUCUAAAUUGAUUGUUAAAUAAAGUUCUGUAAAAUAUUUUGUACAAUUAUGAAAUUUCUAUUUUCAGGUUUAAACUAAACUAUUUGGUCGCCUAAUAAAAAAAUAAUCAAAAUACAUUCCAAUGAUGUUUUAAAUCUGUGGUGUGAGUAAUAGAAAUUGUUGGACUGCCAUUGGGCACUUGUUUUUGUUUUUUUAUAUUGAGAAUAUUUAAUUUGUUUUUUUAUUAAUUUUUACGUAAUCUAGAAUAAAUUAUACACCAUACCUACACGAUGACAUAUUCAAACAUUACAAACUUAUAUAAUUGUAUACAUAGCUAGAAAAUAAGAUAAUUCGCUGUUUAAAAAUACAUUAUUAUCACAGGGUGUACAUGUUGCUUCAAUUGUGUACAUUUUUUUAACGACAACAAAAAUUAAACCACCCUGUCUUUUUUUCAUUUUUUUUUUGUUCAACACAUAAGUCUGAUAUAAGUUUUUGAUGUAUCAAUGUGUCCUAUAUACCUAUGUAUUACAAAGGCUUUUUGUAUGUUUAUAAAGAUUAUUUAAUACUCAGAUCUUUAUUAAAUUAAAGUAAAUCCAAUUAUUAGGACCAUUUCAAAUAUACCAUAGUCAAUUUAAUAUUGUUUAUAAUAAACUUACUAUAAU